AUGGUUCAGCGUCGGGUUAAGUCUGCCGUGGAGUCCAAUUACCAUAAUGUUCAUAUUCGCUUCAUCUACUCCACGGUGCGUGCGUUCACGCCACUGCCACCUGCUCUUUCCCAUGGUACUCUCAUUGGGUAUGAGAUUAGUUACGAUGCUAUUGGGUGUAGCAAAGUAGAAGAUUGUCAAUGUCAACUCUACAACUGUUCUCUGCACGGAUCUAUUCGAGUUCAUGAAAGUUGGGUCAGCAACUCGAUUUCACUAUCUGGCUUGCGACAUUUUACACGAUACCAGAUUACUGCUGCAGCCAUUAAUGGAGUGGGUCUUGGUGUUAAAGCAAGGAGGUGGCUCAUAACUCAGAAGCUAGCCCCAGGACCAGUAAGGAAUUUGACAGCCAUACCCAUAUCAAGCUCUGUACUACAGGCAAGAUGGCAAGCACCAGAAACAACUUACGGUGGUAAUCUAUACUACGUAAUUCAGUUUAGUGUUCUCAGAGAAGAUACUGAGGAGAGAGUCAGCAACGAUAUCAACAUUGCAAUGCCACAAUACACCAUAACUGGACUAAAGGAGAAAAGAAGUGUUUUGAUCACGGUGUUUGCUGUCAACUCGGUUGGUCCUGGACAUCGUGUCACUCUAGCCACUACAAUAGCUGCAGCCAGAGUGCAAACUGAUGUCAAAGAUAAACCAACUUAUCAACCAAUACCUCCUGCUUUCUGCAAAUUGCCCAGUGAACUAAGGUGGGCUGUGUCUGUUGCAAGUACAUUCACCCUAGAAAUUAUCAAUCUGAUGAAACUGAACUUCUCAGCAAACACUUCACUUAAUGUCACAUGCAGAGAAGGCCUGUAUGUUUCUGGUAACUGGUCACAACGCCAUCAACUGAUCACAUGCCAGGAAAGUGGAAUGUGGACAAAGGAAAUCUCCGCUUGCUCAGCACCAGUUGAUACUGCUGUUGGCCAUGGUUAUAGUCAAUUCAGCUCCGACAUCUCAGUUGCAGUAUCAAUCAUAAGAGGCAUUUUCUUCGCUGCCAGUGUUGCCCUGAACCUCAUCCUCCUUUUCAAGGUCUACAAUAAGCAAUGA